CUUCAAAAAUGUUCGAUUUUGGACGACAAGAACGACAUGGGUAGCGAUCGUAAGUCGAAAAAGAAGAGGUCUCCGGCUGAGUCCUCGUCGGAAGACGAAAGGAAGAACAAAAGGCGUAGAAGUUCAGAAACAAAGAGUGAUAAGAAAGAGAGAGACUCCGAUAGGAAGCACAAAUCGCAUAAGUCUUCAACUACUAAAGAAGGGAAGCACAAACACAAAAGUAAACACCACAAGCAUGAACGUCGUGUGAUAUCAAAUUUCAAGGAGCUUUCAGACGCUGAUUACUUCUCCAAGAACAAUGAAUUUGCCACAUGGCUCAAAGAUGAGAAAGACAUGUUCUUCUCAGAUCUUUCUUCAGAAUCUGCACGUAAACUAUUUGCAGAAUUCAUCAAAGAUUGGAACAAACAAAAGCUUGAUUCCAAAUAUUAUGAUGGCAUUGUGACAGGGCCACGAACAUCUCAUAAUUGGAAAAUCAAAGUGGAUACAAAAGGAUAUGGAUAUUAGGCAUGACGUGUGCGGAUCAUCAUGCUUAAGAAGGAAGGAAGUUAACAUCAUUAAAUGUUAGCAUUAAAGUUGUUGCAGACAAAAUUUUCAUUUAUGAGUGAAAUUAAGUACAAGGUUUUUAAUUUGUACAUCGUGUAUAAAG